CCGGGGAGAGGUCCUCCCAGGCGCUGGUGGUCAGAGAUUGCGCCCGGGCCAGGCCGGCGCGGUCGUGUGACGUCACCCCGCCCGACCAGGCGAAGUUCAGCGGCGCUGUCCCUGGUACCUGGGUUUCUCAGUGGCGAUCGCCAUGGUUCUGCGGGUGCAGCUUUCCCCUGAGAAGCAGCUGUCGCAGCGCCUGGCGGGGAACAAGCAGGUGACCCGGGCCCGGGCGGCGAGGAAGCUUCCUGCUCUGGCCUGCCCUCUCUUAUUCUCUCCUUCGAUGGCCAACCUCUGUGCAUCUGUGGGUUCUGAGCCAUCUACUCCUCAUCGUCAGUGUUCGCGGAAAAAUGAACAGGAGGACCCACGUGCAGACCUGAGUUCCAGAUUAGAGAGAAAGAGGUGGCGUCAGGGCCCAGGGGCUGACCCCACUGCGCCCCAGGAACAGCCCAGAGGCCAUGGCAGAAGAGGUGCGCACAAGAAGCGGAGGCAGCCUCAGGCAGGGGCCAGAGCAAAGGUGCCUGGGUGCCAGGAGCCAGACGUGAAAAAGAAGUGGACACAGAAGAGCAAGAAAUGACGUGGCCAGGCCCAGCCCUGGCAGGACAGCACUGUCUCCGCCACUCCUCCCGGUCUGCGCUGUGUUGAAUGAGCGAACAGGACAGGUGGGCCAUGCUCCCAAGACUCGGGUCAUGGUCUGAAGUUCAGCACUAACUGAGGUUGGCUCUCACUCAGCCAUGCCCCAGAGAGCGCUGCUGCUGUGCUGACCCCGGUCAGGCAGGACCCGCAAACAACCCUCCCUGGCAGGGCAGGGGACUAGCCACGCAGCGGGCGGCUGUAAAUAAAAUGGUACACAUUCUUAGAAAUGGGA